AUGGAAUUCCACAGCAAAGACUUCAAGGUAGGCAAAUGCGCAGGCCAGAAGCUAGUGGAUGGCGAGACAAUGCCACUAGUUCUACAUCCGCCGGAGCCUGAAAAAGGAGACGUUGAGUCACUGUUGUUAGCUUUAAAGAAUAACAGAGACUGGUAUGAGCAAAUGAUGAUCAAGAACAGUGCAGUCCUUCUUCGAGGUUUCGAUGUAAAGAAAGCAGAAGAUUUCAAUGACAUUAUUGAAGCUUUGGGUUGGGAAGAUAUUCGUUAUGUAGGGCCUGCACCAAGAACUCAUCUGUAUAAACGAGUAUGGACUGCGAAUGAAGGUCCUCUCUCUGAGUUUAUAUACUACCACCAUGAAAUGGUUUUGAUAACUGAAUGUCCAAAGAAAGUAGUACUUUUCUGUGAGAUACCACCGCCAGAAGGAGGGCAGACUCCAUUUGUUCCAAGCUUCAAAGUUACAGAAAGGAUGCUAAAGGAGUUCCCUCAAGAAGUGGAGGAGUUGGAUAAAAAGGGCGUAAAAUACACUUUCACUGCACUGAGCAAGAAUGACACUUCAUCCAUGAGAGGUAGAGGUUGGGAGGAUGCGUUUGGAACGACAGAUCGCAUAGAAGCCCAAAAAAGGGCAAAGGGACUAGGAAUGGAUGUGGAGUGGCUACCAAAUGGUGGAGCAAAAACGAUACUUGGUCCAAGACAUUUAACGAAAGUGUUUGAUGGAAGAAAAGGGAGGAGAAUGUGGUUUAACACAGUAGUUGGGAUGCAUGGGAAGGAGCUGAGCUCAGCUUUCAUGGCAGAUGGGACUGAAAUCCCUGAAAAUUUUGUGAAGAGAUGUGAAGAAAUCAUUGAAGACGAAAGCAUACAAUUUAAUUGGGAAAAGGGUGAUGUUCUUUUUCUUGAUAACUUGGCUUUGCUUCAUGGAAGAAGACCUUCUUUGCCUCCUAGGAAAAUCCUUGUUGCCACUUGCAGAUAA